AUGUGGAGAAUCCUACUUCUCUUCCUUCACAGUGCGCUUGAAGUGGCUUUGGCAGACCUGAGCAACAAGUACGUGGUGGGCAUGAAGUACGUGCUGGGCAUGAAGUACGUGCUGGACAAGAAGUACAAUCGAUUCUUGCUGGAUACACGAAGGACAAUAAACUAUGCAUUUUGGACCAAUUGUACCUCCAGGUUUGAGUCUGCGAUGCACCUCCAGGUUAGACAUAUCCUCUGGAAGCUGAUCUCCCGGGACCUCACGGAAAGCUUCAAAGCCUCUUCGGAAGCAGGUGCCUUUUCGGACUGGGUCCUCCAUAGUGGAACAUCCACCAGGUGGUCCGGUGGACCUGGGCCAGGGCGCUGGCACACUACUCUUGGAGCAUCGAGCAGUUCCACAGGUCCAACAUCGAGUCUCCACGUUCGGCAUUCACCUUGGCGGAUCCAUUGGAGGAAAGCUUUUGUGGCUAUACAUAUAAUGGAAAGGAUACUUGGAUAA